AUGGAUACGGCGAUAGCAAUCAUUGUCGCACUCGCUAUGGCGAUGUGCGCUUUCGCCCAGAAUAUUUCGUAUGGUGCCGAUAAUUUCUAUCGAAGCAACAACGUGACGAUUCAGCCAAUCAGCUUCCCAACUCAUUACCAAACGACUGUCGGAGGCAAUCUCUUCUAUCCCAAGACACUGAACGGCAGCACCAGCUGGCCGGCUGUAAUCGUCGGUCACCCGAUGGGUGCCGUGAAGGAGCAGAGCGCCAACCUCUACGCAACCAAAUUGGCCGAACAGGGAUUUGUCACGGUCUCCAUCGAUGUUCCAUUUUGGGGCGCCAGCGAAGGGGAGCCACGCAAUGCGGUCUUACCUGAUCUCUACGCAGAGGCAUUCAGUGCGGCAGUCGAUUAUCUCGGUACCCAGAGCAUCCUCCAAGUCGACCGCGAACGCAUCGGCGGUCUGGGUAUUUGUGGUAGCGGCUCUUUUGUGAUUAGCGCUGCGAAGUUAGACCCACGUCUCAAAGCCAUCGCCACAUCCAGUAUGUACGAUAUGGGCACACUCGCUCGUCAGGGCCUUCGGAACUCGCAAAAUAUCGAUCAACUCAAGGAAGCGAUUGCCGAAGCAGCCCAGGAACGCUGGAACGAGUUAGACGGUGGCGAGGUCCAGUACACCAGUGGUACUCUGGAUCACCUCACGGCAAAUGCCACCUCGGUCGAACGAGAGUUUUACGACUAUUACCGCACCAGGCGUGGCGAGUUCACACCUGUCGGAUCUGCACCGAACCUCACCACUCACCCCACGCUCUCCACAUUCACUAAGUUCGUCAAUUUUUACCCAUUCAAUGAUAUCGAGACCAUCUCGCCCCGUCCGAUGCUGUUUAUCUCGGGCGACCAGGCGCAUUCUCGUGAGUUUAGCGAAGACGCCUAUUCGCGUGCUAGUGAGCCGAAGGAGCUUCUCUGGGUACCAGGCGCCGGGCACGUCGAUCUCUACGAUCGCACUGAGCUUAUCCCAUUUAAAAGACUCACAGAAUUUUUCGAAGCGGGUCUUGCUUGA